UCGUUUUGCAGACCAUAAUAGAGUCGGUGAAGGUAGAAGAUUCACUACUUAACACUCUGAAUACAACACAGACUUUGGACCCUGGGGGCGUAUUAUACGACAUCGAAUGCCAUGACGACAUGAAAGGGCGGCUCACAGAAGCGAAGGACAAGCUCGUGGUGUUAGCGUUUCUGCCAAGCUACUGCGCUCACAGCUAUAUGAUGAUUCCAGAGGUGCAGCAGCUUGCCAAGACGUAUGCUAAGACGACCUCGUUCCUUAGGAUCAAGGAAGAGCAUGAUGACAUAUACGAAAUAUUCGGCAUACACACAGUGCCGACAUUUAUCUUCAUGCAGAAUAAGAAGAAACUGCUGGUGCGCACCGGGGCCAGCGUCAAACAACUCUCGGACACUCUGGAGGCUGUGCUAAAUGGCGACUACACGUCGACGACAACCACUACGCAGGCGCCAUCGAGCUACAUAAUCAGCAUAACCAGUCCACAACACCUGAAUGAGACGAUGUCCAGGGCCGGUAACCAGUUGGUGAUCCUGGCGUUCAUGACUAAGUGGUGCUCUAAAUGUAAGAAAAUCGCACCCAAGAUCGAGGCCAUGGCGGAUGAGUAUUACGGCUCUGUCAUGUUUUUGAAGAUUGAUGACGACGUCAAAACCAAAGAGCUGUACACGAAAUACAACAUUCAACGAGUGCCGACGUUCGUCUUCGUACGGAACUCGAAGAAGAUCAACCAAUACGAGGGAACGUGGUACGAGAAAAUCAGGACGCGCAUAGAAUUGCAAGAUUUUCUCAAUUUCUGAUCAAGAACCGAGCGAAAGUGGA